AUGGGCGAUCUUCCGCAAGCACGGGUGUGCGAGGCAGCACCCUUCACGAAUACCGGUGUCGAUUUUUGCGGCCCGUUUUACAUUAAAGAGAAAAAAUACCGUAAUCGGGCAAGGAUUAAGGUAUACGUAUGCGUGUUCGUGUGCAUGGCGAUAAAGGCUGUGCAUCUCGAAAUCGUAAGCGAUAUGACUACUGAAGGCUUCCUCGCGGCGCUGCAGCGUUUCGUUGCUCGUAGGGGGGUGCCAGAGCAUGUUUAUUCCGAUAACGGGACCAACUUCGUCGGCGCGAACAACCAGCUAAGGGAAAUAUACGCGUUAUUUCACUCGGACGAACAUAAGAAUCGCGUCGCUGGCUUUGCCAGUAGCCACCGUAUCGUGUGGCAUUUCAUGCCGCCGUUAGCACCACAUUUCGGUGGUCUGUGGGAGUCUAUGGUCAGGUCGUUUAAGCACCAUUUCAGGCGAGUAAUUGGUGAUAGCCUAUUUACGUUCGAAGAGCUGAAUACUUUCGUAAUUGAAAUCGAAGGUAUCCUGAACUUGAGGCCAAUAACUCCUCUUUCAUCCGAUCCGAACGACUUGCUAGUAUUGACGCCUGCUCAUUGCUUAAUCGGUAAACCGGUGACGCGCCUACCAGAGUCUCAGUUAACCUGUGUUCCAGACAACCGGCUCUCCGCAUGGCAGCACAUAACAAAGCUGCAGAGACGGUCCAAAUGGACCAAGGACGGUCCACUGAUCACGACUGGCACCAUCGUACUCAUCAAAGAUAAGAAUUCGCCUUGCGCCCAAUGGAACUUGAGCAGAGUUAUCGAGGUUCAUCCAGGCGACGAUGGGGUGACGAGGGCCGCUACCGUCAAAACUGCAGGCGGAACGGUCAAGAGGACUACGAAGCUCCUCUGCCCGCUGCCGGUCGAAUGA